AUGAAGCGAUUCACUACAUCUUCCUCGGACUCACUCUAUAAAUCCAAAAACCUCCCUCCUGUCGAUGUCACCGUCGAAAGUCCUGUAUUCUACAUCGGCCCAGCCACCACCGAAAAUCCAAUGUCCCACGUUCGUCCAAAGCUUAUGGGCACUGUCCACUUUAACGAUCGUAAGAUAAAAUGGAACCGUGUCACUCUGACCCUGGUCGGCAAGGCUGGUCUCUCCAUUGAUGCCCCACCUUCUGCCCUGCCACGUGACCACGCCUUCAACUCCCACGACCUCCAGGAUGAGUCUGUCCUGACCCACCUCCAGACCACUGUCCCAGUCUGCGAAAUCGAAAAGGAACUCAUCUUCUCUGGCGAAGCAAAAAUCGAUUUUGGCCUCCAUUUGCCUGCAAACCUACCCCCGACUGUAAAGACCGAUCAUGCCUUUGUCGACUACAUGCUCGUCGCAAACUUCUCGGCCGGAACCUUCUUCAAAAAGUACCGAAUCCAACGACCGGUUCUGAUCUGCCGUCACUACUUACCCAGCUCAAGUGCAAUGAUCCCAAGUGUAGAGUAUCAUGGUGUUAGAGAAUGGUUCGAAUGGUCUGCAGACGUACCCAAGGCUGUGGCCAUUGAAUCCGGCGAAAUCGUCAUUGCUCUACGCUGGAGUGUCGAGAAGGAAUUGGUUGAAUUGGGUCGAGCAGAACUUAGUCUUGAAGAAGUUGAGACCUACAGAUUCUGUACAAAGAUGGGUGUUCAUAGCCUACCUCCAAUCGUAACAUCAUUCCCUUCUGCUCCUUACCAUCCUUCCGGUGUAACUACCAGCUCAGAAACCCAUUUUAUCCGCACACCGAUUCCCCUGCAAAAAUCUUCUACCGUCAAACGUCCUGUCCGAACCCACCAUUUUAGCCCUUUUAUCGAAAUUGCCCACAGAUGCAAACUUACCCUCCACUUUGACUCUCCUGCAAUCGAGCCCCUCGUACUACGAUUCCCAAUCAUUAUCACCGAUUAUCCUGCCUCCAAUAACAACUACAACGAAGACUUUACCUCAACAUCAUCAUCAUCUAAUAACAACUAUACAAAUUCCUCUUCCUUACCACCACCAUUAAUGUCAUACAGCGGUAUCAACACUGCAUCUUCCGCAUCUCUGUCCAACUCCUCCUCAGCACGCCCACAAUUCAAUACUGUCAUGACAAACGUCGGUGGAGACGAUGCAGCCUAUGUUGAUUUCGACUUGCCAGAAUAUACACCACGCUAUGAACAACGCCCAGACACUCUGCUUACCCACUAA